AUGGAUAUGAAUAUGCCAGUAAAUGUUCCAAUAGACGAUCCAAACGCAGACACUGAAUGGAACGACAUCCUUCGGAAACAUGGGGUCAUUCCCGAAAAGCCACCUUCCCCGACUCCUAUGAUCGAGGAAGCUAUUCUUGAGGGACGAAGAUUGGCUCAUGAAAACAGGCUCGAGGGAAAGGACUUGGAUGAAUUAGAUGAGCUUGAGGACGAGGAGGACGAGGAGUUUUUAGCAAUCUACAGACAGAGACGUCUAGCUGAGCUCUCAUCAAUCUCGCAAAAGUCUGUUCAUGGCCGUGUAUACCCGAUACAAAAGCCUGAUUACGCUCGAGAUGUCACAGCGUCCUCAAAAGAUGCCACAGUUCUUGUCUUCUUGUCUUCUGGGAAUUCUUCGAAUACGGAAUCGCGGCUAUUAGCUGAGCUGUGGCGACGAGCGGCGGAGAAGUUUGGAGAUGUCAAGUUCUGUCAAAUCAGAGGGGACAUGUGCAUCGAGGGAUAUCCCGAAAGAAAUUGUCCGACGAUCUUGAUUUAUAGGAAUGAGGAUAUCGUUAAACAGAUUAUAACACUCGCUGAGUUGGGAGGUACAAGCACGAGGCUCGAAGAUAUCGAGAAGCUACUUGUCUCUGUAGAGGCUAUCAAACAAAACGACCAGCGUCUACGAAAGAAGACAGAUGACGAUGACGAUGACAACACCCACAAAACUGGAAUAAAAACCAGCAACCGAAAAUCUCGAGUUGAUGACGAUGAUGACGAUGAUUGGGAUUAA